GUGCACCCGAAGGUGGCGCCUUACUGAGUGAGCAGGCUCGCGCGGCAGCAGAAGUUCCUCUGGAGUUUCAGCCGACGGUUUAUGAGCGGUUUGACGAUGCGAUGCGCGCAGCGGCAGAUCAGAAACAAGCUCGACGAGCGCAACACAAAUAUGGAUGAUGUUUUUUGCAUCUGUCAGACCAUCGAGGCAGGCCUUUUUCCCCUUACAACUAUAUAGGUUCGUUAAGGGGGGCCUCCAUGGUCUGCCUAGAUGAGAUAGACGCCAUCCAUAACAAACAAGCAGCGCGUGCAGCCGAGAGUAGAUGGCAGGCUGAACUACGGCAAGAAAGGGAGCGAGCUGAGCAGGCAAAAGUUAAGGCUCUCACUAAUUCGGCCUUGACUGCGUCAAUCUUUGACAAGUAAGUAUCUAUAAUGGAGGACUAUAAUUGUUGCAUGCAGCUAAAAGUACUGAUGAUUUACGAAGAGCUCUAAAACAGCGGCAGAGGAGCAGAUGCGUGAGAACCUGAAGCACGAGAAGCAGCGACUCGAACUACUAUUGAAAAAGAUCGAGGCUAAUCGUGAAAGCAUGCGACUUAGUGGACUCAAAAUGUUGGACAGCAGCACAACUAUUACGGUUGGUUAGAAGAAAUAUUGAUCUUCUGACUUACAACAAACUAACAACAAUAGGAUUAGGAAUGUACAAUUGCAUUUUCUUGACUUUUCUCUUCUUCUUCUUAUUAAUAUUUCUUCCUCCUGCUUAAGCUUAUUAAUAUUUUCUCCUCUUCUUGCUUCUACUUCUAACCCCCGCAACCUCCACAGUAGUAGCGGUCUCCUGGGUGCAUCUGCGAUGGACUUGAGCGUGACUGGAAGUGGAACCACCACGAGUGUCACGGGAACUAGUUCGUCGGGUGUCGGGCGCGCUUUGGCUGGCGCCUUCGAGCAGCGUGGCGCAAAGCGGCAGACGUCGAAACGAACGUCAUCGCGAUCAACUUCACCUCGUGACGCCGAUAAAAUGAUCCCGCCAAAAUUGCAGACCUCAGUAGAAACCGGACACAACGUGGACCUCUCCGCAUCAGGCGCUGCUCUGGGAAUAACUAGUACACCAGGUGGAGCUACAUCAGGGUUUGCCCAUCUGGGAGGAACAGGAAGCACCGAAGUCAAUUUUUAUGAGUGUAGGAAAUGCAUCUCCAAAGUCAUCUGGACAAAGAUGAAAUAAGAAGGAAAAGGAACCCAGAUGAUUGGUGAGAUGCAUUUCUUAUAGAACCUCUAACAUUUAGCGGGAUUGUCAAUCGCAGCAGCUGCGCACUCAAGUUUCUGGGAACGGAUGCGUACAACUAAACUCGAAGCUGAACAGGUUGCGAAGGAGGAAGAACGCAGGAAGUUGGAGUUAUGACAGUCAAAGUUUUUAGAAUCAAACGAACCUAACAAACUGGAUAUUCAUGAUCUUCGUGAACGAAAAAUCUGAUUUUAGUUGAACGUCCUACUGUAGCAGGCCCCCUAUUAGUCAUAUUAAUGACAUCAUCACCAAUAUCAGAACCUGAUUCUCUAUCGUUAACAUUUUGGUGACCACCUCCCUGUUUCUAAACAAUGCUGCGAAAGAGGAACAACGACGGCGGGCGCUUGAAAAACAGGUUCUUUUGGAACAUCGCAGACAAGAGGCAGCUUUAGAAGAGGAGCGUCGACAGCUGAGAGAAAACAUACGGAUGGAGCUAGAAGCCAUGGAGGCAAGGAGAAAUUACGGCACAAGAAGGGGCAUCUGGUUGCUUUGUCUUUGGAUACCUAAUAUGAGAGGUGGAGUGAUUUUGAUUUUGUUAUCCCGGGAACGCCUCUAACAAAAGCAAGUUGUGAAAGAAAAACUUGAAGCAGAGCAAGCUCCUGCGCGUAUGGCGGAAAUCGCUGACCAGAUUCCUGAUGGUCAUGAUAGACAGCAGGUACCAGACGUUGGUCCAAGCAGCAUAUCCGUAUCUGUACCUGAACAGUCCCAAGGUGCCAUCCAGGAGGAAUCAGCUGGUAGUGGGG